CACUAUCAAUCUAAAACUACAAGAGAGUCCUCACACCACCAUCCCGAUAAUGGAUCCGGUUCGGCCUCACGCGGUUUGCAUCCCAUACCCGGCCCAGAGCCACGUGAAGGCCUUCGUCAAACUGGCCAAGCUACUCCACAGCAGAGGCUUCCACAUCACUUUCGUCAACACCGAGUUCAACCACAACCGUUUCCUCAGCUCCCGAGGCCCCCACGCCCUCGACGGCCUUCCGGAUUUCCGAUUCGCCACCGUCGCCGACAGCCUUCCGCCCUCGGAUCCGAGCUCGACGCAGAACAUACCUGCUUUGAGCGACUCAAUGAGGAGGCUCAUGUUGGCUCCGUUCAGGGAUCUCGUUACGAAACUGAACAACCGUUCAGGUAACGCGGGGCCGCCGGUGAGCUGCAUAGUGGCGGACGGGAUGACGCCGUUUGCGGUGGAGGUGGCUCGAGAGAUUGGCGUGCCGUCGGUGAGCUUUUGGACGUGGCCUGCUUGUGCGUUCAUGGGGUUCGCGCAGUACCGCCGGCUCUAUGACCAAGGCAUCACUCCUCUCAAAGACAAAAGCUAUUUGACGAACGGGUACCUAGACACGGUCACGGAAAUUCCCGGGAUGAAGAACAUGAGGCUCAAAGACCUGCCCGACUUCAUCCGAACAACCAACCCGGACGAACCGGUUUUCCACAACCUAAUGGAAGGGGCCGAGAUGGUCGCCCAGGCCUCGGCUCUGCUCAUCCACACGUUCGACGCCCUCGAACCAGAAGUCCUGGCCGCCCUCAAUUCCAUGUACGAGCCCAACCGCGUCCACUUCAUCGGACCGAUGCAGCUCCUCCUCGACCAAACCGAACCAACUCGUCACCCGAACCUCGACGCAAUCAGCUACAGCUUGUGGGCAGAAGAAAUCGAUUGCCUCCGCUGGCUGGACUCCAAACCCUCGAAUUCCGUCAUCUAUGUCAACUUCGGCAGCAUCAUCACCAUAACGGAAAACCAUGUGGUCGAAUUUGCAAUGGGACUUAUCAAUAGUGAUGUUUCCUUCCUAUGGGUCAUUCGGCCCGAUCUUGUUACUGGCCCAUCGGGAGCUCUUCCUCCAGAAUUCCGAGACAAGGCUGAGGAAACCGGCUUUAUUUCUGGGUGGUGCCCGCAGGAGGAGGUUCUGAACCACCCGGCCGUUGGAGGGUUUUUGACCCAUUGCGGGUGGGCGUCCAUGAUCGAGACCUUGACCGCCGGGGUUCCAGUGCUGUGCUGGCCGGUCUUCGCCGACCAGCCAACGAAUUGCAAGUUCGCCUGCAAUGAGUGGGGGGUUGGAAUGGAGAUUGAGCAGGAUGUGAAGAGGGAGGCGGUCGAGAAGCUAGUGAGAGAGCUUAUGAAGGGGGAGAAUGGGGAGAAUUUGAGGAAGAAAGCACAUGAUUGGGCGGGACUGGCUCGGGAAGCUACUGGUCCGGGUGGGUCAUCGACCCUUGGUUUGGAUCGGUUGGUUAAUGAAGUUCUUUUGAGGAAAUGAGAGAUUGGGUUUUGGGACCUUUGGUUUGGAUUUGGGCCUCAUUGGAAUUGGAAGAAGCUUGAGGAUGAGGAGCUUGUGCUGAUAAGAGAUUAUUUAAUUCGGAAUCUACGAUUUCAGAUCAUGCACAUGUGUGCUAAUAAUGCAUGGGUUUUAGAGAAUCCCUCAUUUUUAUUCAUAAAUAAAUAUGUAUUGAAGGUAUUGACUGGAGGAAUAAUAUCACAUCGAUUGUUCAGCACUAAGGAGCCUCCUGGACGACGUCGUGUUCUCACCCGGAAGCAGUUGAAGAGCUGGGAAAGAACGGUGUCGUCUUUGUUAGUGUUGAUAGAGUUCCGUUUUUACUGUUCAAGUACACCUGUCCAUAUUUGAUUUGUAGUUAGUUUGUAUUUUCGUUUCUUACCGUUGGAACAGUUGUACAGAGGUAACUUUCCCUUGCCUUCCUUCAGAAGGUGUUGGGUUGAUAUAUAUACAAGGCCUUGAGCCUCAAUGAUUCCUGCGGGUUUCAUUCCAAAUACAUCCAAUCUAAGAAAUCUCAUAUGGUAUCAGAGCCUGGUUCAGGCGUCUAGGGUUUCCUUUACCUACCAUUACCCGCAUUCUUCUUCUACCUCAAUCUGUUUUCUGAUUUCGCUUCCUCCUUCCGAUCAUGGCGACGGAGGCCGCUUCUUCCACUGUGGCUACAACUGCUACUAGUACCACAGUGGUUUCUACAGUCACCAAUCCCUUUUAUGUGAAUCCUAAUGAGUCCUUGAGCUUUCCAAUCAAGCUCACAGGCACUGCAAACUACAACCUCUGGAGUCGCACUGUAAGAGUUGCGUUGAAGAGUAAGAACAAGUUGGGUUUUAUCAAUGGGACUAUUCCAGUUCCAGAUCCAACUCAUGAGAGCUACCAAGCCUGGGAGCAAAGCAACACAGCAGUCUACUUCCUCAUUCUAGGAUCUCUUGACCCAGCCUUAGUCAACAGUGUGUCAUCUCAGGAAAAUGCAAAGCUUCUCUGGGAUGAUUUGAGGCAACGUUAUGGGCAAGCUGAUAAUAUCAGGAUAAGUGAUCUUCAGACUGCUGUUUACACCCUGAAACAAGGUAACAAAUCUGUUAACCAAUUUUAUGCUGAACUGAAAGGACAUUGGGAAGAAUUAGUCCAGUUUUUGCCCAUUCCAACUUGUGUGUGUGCUGGAGAUCGGGGAAAUAGAGUUAUGCCCUGUAUUACAGAAACUACGGUUCAGAAGUACAGGGAGAAUGAAUUCGUCACUAGAUUCAUAACAGGGUUGAAUGAAACUUAUGGAGGUGUUAAAACCAAUAUGCUCAUGAUGCACCCACUGCCAACCAUGGAAACUGCUUUUCAUUAUGCUAUUCAGCAUGAAAGGCAAGUGGCUAAACCUAGUCAAGAAUCACAGGUAGAUACUGUUGCUCUACUUGCUGCUAGUCAAGGAAAAGGGAAGGAGAAUGCCAGAGGAGGACAGGGACAGGGUCCUCUUUUCUGCAGAUUUUGCAAAAAGGAUAACCAUGUCAUUGCUGACUGUUAUAGACUCAAAAGGAAAAACAAAGAUUCUGGAUCUCCUUCACCGUUUGCAGGACAAGUUCAAAGCACAAACAAUGUUGGAGGGGGAAUUCUACCAAAGCCAGAGACUAGAUCAGCAACUGAGUCUAGUGAUGGUUUCACAAACCUAAGACUGUCUAAUGAUGAUAUCAGUAGACUGCAGAGGAUCUUGUCACAGUUUGGAUCUCCCAGCUCCCCCACUUCACCUGGAUCUCCUGGUACUAAUCAGAAUGGCCAACAAACACAGCAGCCCAUGGUGAAUUCUGUGAGCAGACACAUAUCAGUGAAUCCCAACUAUGCUGGUAAAUACACUCUGACCUCAUAUAUACAACAACAUCCAUUGGAAUUGAUUAGUGUGUGGUUCUUAGAUACAGGUGCAACUGAUCAUGUGACAUGUUCUGUUUCCAAUUUCAUUAAACAUAAACCUAUCAUGAAUGUCUUUGUGACUCUACCAAAUAGUUCAAAAACCCCUGCAACUCACUCUGGUAGUGUUCGUUUAUCUCCUCACCUAGUCAUUCAUGAUGUUUUAUUUGUCCCAACCUUUUCCUUUAAUCUGGUUUUUGUGAGCAAACUCACACAGUACUUACCCAUUUCACUCAUUUUUAAAUCAACCAUUUGUUCUAUCCAGGACCUUCUAACCAAGAGGAUGAUUGGUUUUGCCCAAGAGACUAGAGGAUUAUACCAACUUGUUCCAACCACAGAAGACCAUUCCAUACAUAUUAACUCCCUCAAGACACACAAUCUCACACCCCAGUCUUUUGACAUUUGGCAUUGGCGAUUGGGGCACCCAUCUGAUGUUAGAGCUAAGGAGUUGAAGAAAGUCAUCCCUAGUAUAGAUAUAGAGUCCAUACACCACUGUGAUGUUUGUCAUAUGUCUAAACAAAAACGUCUUUCCUUUCCCUUGAGUCAGUCCAUUGCAAAUGAAGUUUUUGAUCUUAUCCAUGUAGACAUUUGGGGCCCUUUGGCUGUUUCAAGUUACAAUGGUUUCCAUUACUUCCUUACUAUUGUGGAUGACAAGUCUAGAUGUGUAUGGACAUACCUGAUGAAAUUUAAGAGUGAAGCCAGAAAACUUCUGCAGGAUUUUUGUGUUAUGAUACAUACACAGUUUGAUAAAAAGAUAAAAACAAUUAGGUCUGAUCAAGGAGCUAAGUUCCACAUACCAGAGUUUUAUUCUCUACAUGGUAUAGUUCACCAAAUGUCAUGUGUAGAGACACCUCAACAGAAUGCUAGAGUAGAGAGAAAGCAUCAACACAUAUUGAAUGUAGCUCGAUCCCUCAAAUUCCAAUCUGGUCUCCCCUUGAAAUUUUGGUCAGAUUUUGUCCUUCAUGCUGUUUACCUGAUAAACAGACUUCCUUCCAUUGCCAUUAAGAACAAAACACCAUAUGAAGUUCUCUAUGGUUCUCCACCAGAUUUAUCUUUGUUAAAAGUUUUUGGGUGCUUAUGCUAUGCCAGUACAUCAGGACACAAUCGAACCAAAUUUCUACCAAGAGCCAAACAAUGUGUCUUUCUGGGUUUUCCUUCUGGAAUUAAGGGAUACAAACUACUGGAUCUUCAAGACCAGAAAGUUAUAAUCUCUAGAGAUGUGGUCUUUCAUGAGGAUAUCAUACCUUGUUUAUCUACUUCUCCCAUAUCCAUUCAGCCUUCUGAUCCUUCUCCCAUUUCUCCUCCAGUAAAUACAUUCCCUUCUUUUCCUUUUCCUCCAGAUCCAUUUCCUUCUACACCUGCUAUGCCUUCUAAUACUCCUCAAGCAGAACCAUCAUCUCCUUUACCACAUCAAUCCUCCCCAAACCAUUCACCUUUACCUUCUACAAACACUUCUCCUCAACCAUCUGCUUCUUCCAUACCUGUUUCACCACAAACUGCAUCCCUUCCCAUAGCAGUCAGAAAACCAACCAGAAACAUUUCCAAACCUAUCAAAUACAAUGAUUAUGUGCUGCAUUUAGGAACCACACAUACUAAAUCAGUUUAUCCUUUGGUUGCUAGUUUAUCAUAUGAUCAGUUAUCUCCUAGUUACAGGAAAUAUGUAUUGGCAGUGGAUUCAUCCAUCAUUCCUGGCUCAUUUGAAGAAGCAGUUAGAGAAGAACACUGGAGAAGGGCCAUGAAUUUGGAAAUAGCAGCUCAAGAAGCAAACAGAACCUGGGAUAUAGUUCCCAGACCCCUUCAUAAGAGAGUGAUUGGAAAUAGGUGGGUAUAUGCUAUCAAAUUCUUGUCUGAUGGCACACUUGAAAGACACAAGGCUAGACUGGUAGCCAAAGGGUUUACUCAAAUUUAUGGGAUUGAUUUCCUAGAUACUUACUCUCCAGUGGCCAAGCUCAAUUCAGUCAAGACACUUCUUGCAGUAGCAGCAUCUAAAGGAUGGACCAUGUACCAACUUGAUGUCAGUAAUGCCUUCUUAAAUGGGGAUCUGGAGGAAGAGGUGUACAUGGAACUUCCUCCUGGUAUGGUCAAGGAAGGUUAUGUUUGCAAGCUUAGGAAGUCUCUCUAUGGCCUAAAGCAGGCCUCUAGGCAGUGGUUUGCUAAACUGACCUCUGUCCUUCUCUCAUUUGGAUACACACAGUCUCAUAGUGACCAUUCCAUGUUUCUUCACCAUUCUUCUUCUGGCACAUCCAUUCUUCUGGUCUAUGUGGAUGAUAUCAUCAUUGCUGGUGAUGACAUUCCCAGUAUGCAAUCUCUCAAACAUCAUCUCAGCAAUCAGUUUAAACUCAGGGAUCUUUGCCAUCUUCAUUACUUUCUUGGCUUGGAAAUGGCCAGAUCCAGGGAGGGAAUACACAUAUGUCAAAGGAAAUACUGCACAGACCUAUUGAAUGAAACAAGAUUUGCUGAUUCCAAACCUGUGGUGACUCCUAUUGACAUGAAGACAAGAUUGUCUGCAGAUGAUGGUCCACCUUUGGAUGACCCUGGACUCUACAGAAGAAUAGUGGGGAGACUCCAUUAUUUAACCAUUACCAGACCUGAGAUCACAUUUGCAGUUCAGCAAUUAUGCCAGUACCAAGCAGCACCAACUACCACACAUCUACAGCUAGCCUAUAGAAUUCUGAAGUAUUUAAAGAAUGCCCCUGGACAAGGUUUGUUCUAUUCUUCUUCUUCUGAUCUUACCCUGAGAGGGUAUAGUGAUUCAGACUGGGCUUCCUACCCUGAUACAAGGUGGUCCACAACUGGAUACUGUAUUACCCUUGGAACUUCAUUGAUCAUAUGGAAAUCCAAGAAACAAGGGACAGUUUCCAGGUCAUCAUCUGAAGCUGAGUAUAGGGCUCUUGCUCAGUUGACAUGUGAAGUUGUUUGGGUGAAAAGGCUAUUACAGGAACUUGGAAUUGACCAUCAAAAGCCUGUAAACCUUUCCUGUGACAGUCGAUCUGCAAUAUAUAUAGCUGAAAAUCCAGUGUUCCAUGAGAGAACAAAGCACAUUGAGAUCGACUAUCAUGUGGUUCGUCAAUUUCUCUAGUCAAAGCUCAUAGGGUUGAGUCACUUGGACACAGAAAACCAGAUUGCAGAUCUCUUCACCAAGGGGCUCAGCAGGUUCAGAUUGCAGUAUUUACUAUCCAAGCUGAGCAUACAAAACUUGUAUGCACCAGCUUGAGGGAGGGUAUUGAAGGUAUUGACUGGAGGAAUAAUACCACAUCGAUUGUUCAGCACUAAGGAGCCUCCUGGACGACGUCGUGUUCUCACCCGGAAGCAGUUGAAGAGCUGGGAAAGAACGGUGUUGUCUUUGUUAGUGUUGAUAGAGUUCCGUUUUUACUGUUCAAGUACACCUGUCCAUAUUUGAUUUGUAGUUAGUUUGUAUUUUCGUUUCUUACCGUUGGAACAGCUGUACAGAGGUAACUUUCCCUUGCCUUCCUUCAGAAGGUGUUGGGUUGAUAUAUAUACAAGGCCUUGAGCCUCAAUGAUUCCUGCGGGUUUCAUUCCAAAUACAUCCAAUCUAAGAAAUCUCAUAAUAUGCGCAUUUGCUUAAAUGGGAAUUCAAAUAUGUAUGUUCAUCAUGCAAGUUGAAGUUGUGGUUCUCUGUAAGUAGCUCCUACUUAUUCCGAUUUAACUGAUUUUCAUCUCUUGCGCUCAUGUUUACGAUCCGCUAAUUGUUAAGUACUUGUUGAGGAUAUGCGCAUGAUUUAAGAAAUCAUAUCGUAUCAGUCGGUUCUGUAGAAAGCGUCGAGCGCGAGACCAAUAAGCACCUUUCCUUUGUUUUGUUGAUUCUGGUUCAGAGACAUCUCGUUCUUUCUAUCGCCCAGAACUAAGAGCGAAGCUUUGGGUAGAAAUGAGGGUUUGAUCGAGAUAGAAGGGGAUGACUCUCAAUCUCACGUUUUAGUUCAGUGGGCUUGGUAUUAGAGAGGAUUGGGUUCCGAGCCCAAUAUGACUUUCACUUAGCCCACUUAGUUCCUUUUCUACAGCCUGCACACUUUAACGUUUGGUUUUAGUUAGAAAACAAACCUAGAGUUCCUUACCUUAAAACUUACCGUUUUGUCAACACUUCUCCGCCUCUGUUUCUUUUCGUUUUCUAUUCACGGAAGUACCCUACAGUUCAGCUCAAGCCCAGAAACAAGAACAAUAUAUGAAGAUUGAACAUAUCAAAGUACAGAGCACGACGCACACCGAUUUUUACGUGGUUUCCGACGUUGGGAGAAUAAGGAUCCCAACGUCGACUAGUCUACGGUCUGAGAAUCACUACUUGUGUUCUCAGACGAUCCACUAAAAUAUGUUCGAUGAAGCUCGGCAAUUACAGUGAAGUUUCAACCCGAUCGAUUAGCUCCCCGCUUAAUCGACAAUCUUUUCCUAUCAGCUACCCAGCCGAUCCACUACUGGUUUCCCCGAAACCCCGAUCCUAACCCAGAACCUUUUCUCAUAGUUCUGUGCUGACUUUUACUUGCUGAUUGAUAUACAGUUCUUCUCUCACUUGUAUCGCUCAACCCUUGCUUGCUAAAAGUCUGCCUCAUUCUCUAUUCCGAAUGUUUGAGCUUUCCUUCUUUGCUUCCACCGCAAUCACACUUUCCAUCUUUGUGGUAGACCAAAUAAAUCACCGAUGCUGAU